CCAGACCUUCGCAUACACACUCGCACACAAACCCCGUUCAAUGUGCCAGCCAGCAGAAAGAUUGUGAUUUUUCGUUGUGAAAUAACAACACUCCGCGCAGUGCAGCAGCAGCUUCCCGCUCCCAGCCACAGAAAAUGUCCGCCAGCGAGGGUCCGUCGAAGGUUGAGUUCAAAAUCGAGGAAUCGGGCCGCAAGCUGAAAAAGGCGGAGGUCGACUUUAUGCGCCUGAUCGAGCAGCAGAACCUGCAGCGUGUCCAGAAGUUGCAGCGCCAGCGACGCAAUAACAAACUGACCGGCAUCGCGCUCGGCGGCACCGUGCUCGGCAUCUACCUCUACUCGAUGCUGUCGGUGAAGCAGGAGAAAUUCCUGGACGAUUUCGAGGAACCGGUCAAGCUAGAGGUGGAAAACAAGGCGCUGUAAGAGCGGGUUUGUAAGAGCCUCCGCAGUAGCACACUCACACACACAAGAUGUCCGCUUCGACGAAAAUAUCGAAAGCCCUAACCUCAACCGGCAUCCGGCUGCCACCGUUGCCCACCAUCCGCGAUCUGG